GGGCGAGUUUCGCGGCGGCGGCGCGGUGCGAGGGGCGCUCCGCAGCGCAGCGCUGCGCCCGUGGAUGGCCGCCCGAGCGGGCUCUGCCGGCGGAGGGGGGGCCGUGGCCGACCGCGGGCCGCGGCGCUGCUAGGAGCGGGGGACGGGCCGCGCGUUCGCCUUUCCGCCCGCCGGCUGCGGUGCCCCCGCCGCCGACAUGUCGCUGGGCAUGGAGGAGGAGGAGUACUCCCGGCUGGUGAUGGAGUCGGAGCCCGAGUGGCUGCGGAGCGAGAUCAAGCGGCUCUUCCAGGAGCUGGGCGAGACCACCCGCGAGAAGAUCCAGGCGGCGGAGUACGGGCUGGCCGUGUUGGAGGAGAAGCAGCAGCUGAAGCAGCAGUACGAGGAGCUGGAGCUGGAGUAUGAGACCAUCCGCGCCGAGAUGGAGCAGCUGAAGGAGGCUUUUGGGCAGGCCCAUACAAAUCACAAGAAGGUAGCAGCAGAUGGAGAGAGCAGAGAGGAGACCUUGAUUCAGGAAUCGGCUACCAAGGAAGAGUACUACAUGAAGAAGGUUAUGGAGCUGCAGACAGAAUUGAAGCAGCUCAGAAAUGUCCUUGCCAACACCCAGUCCGAAAAUGAACGCCUUAAUUCUGUUGCACAGGAACUGAAAGAGGCCAAUCAGAAUGUGGAGAUCCAGAGGGCCCGCCUGCGAGAUGAUAUUAAGGAAUAUAAAUUCCGAGAAGCCCGUUUGCUGCAAGACUACACUGAGCUUGAAGAAGAAAACAUCUGUCUCCAGAAACAAGUGUCUGUCCUGAAGCAAAACCAGGUGGAGUUCGAAGGUCUGAAACAUGAAAUCAAAAGACUUGAGGAGGAAACAGAAUUUCUCAACAGCCAGCUGGAAGAUGCCAUCCGGCUGAAGGAGAUCUCUGAACGUCAGCUCGAAGAGGCCUUGGAGACGCUGAAGACAGAGCGAGAGCAGAAGAACAACCUUCGUAAGGAGCUGUCUCACUAUAUGAACAUCAAUGACUCCAUGUACAACAGUCACCUGAACAUCUCUUUGGAUGGUCUGAAGUUCAGCGAUGAAGCCACAGAGCCCAAUAAUGAUGAAAUCAUGAAUGGAUUUGACCAAAAUUGCCUCAGCAAACACAGCAAUGGCAAGAACAAUACAUCAACCCCCAAGAAAAAUGAAGGCUUCCCCCCAGCCCCAAGUCUGGUUUCAGAUCUUCUCAGUGAAUUAAACAUUUCUGAAAUCCAGAAGCUGAAACAACAGCUUGUGCAGAUGGAAAGAGAAAAGGUGAAUUUGUUAACAACGCUACAGGAAUCUCAGAAACAGCUGGAAAACACCCGGGGGGCCCUCUCAGAGCAGCAUGAGAAAGUUGGCAGACUUACUGAAAAUCUGAACGCAAUGAAGAAGCUCCAGGUCAGCAAGGAGCGUCAGUCUGCCCUGGACAACGAGAAGGACCGAGACAGCCAUGAAGAUGGAGAUUAUUAUGAAGUUGACAUCAAUGGACCAGAGAUCCUGGAGUGCAAAUACAAAGUGGCUGUGGCAGAGAUUACUGACCUAAAAGAAGAACUUAAAAAUCUUAAGGCCAAAUACAAAGAAUGUGAGUCUAAGUAUGAGGAAGAGAAGAGCAGAUAUGAGACCGAGAGCCAAGCUCUCACAGAAAAGAUUGCCUCGUUAGAAAAAUCCAGUAGGCAUGAUAGAGAGCAGGUGGCCAGACUGGAAAAGGAGCUGAAGAAAGUCAGUGAUGUUGCUGGAGAAACACAGGGCAGUCUCAGUGUGGCCCAAGAUGAACUAGUCACCUUCAGUGAGGAGCUGGCCAAUUUAUACCACCAUGUCUGCAUGUGCAACAAUGAAACUCCAAACAGAGUGAUGCUGGAUUACUACAAGGAAGGCAAAGGAGGACGCAGUAGUCCAGAGGCCAAGGGAAGGAGAUCUCCUAUUCUUCUUUCUAAAGGGCUGUUAACCAUUGAUCUAGGAAAGGCAGAGAACGGAAGCGGUGACAGCAGCCCAUCUCCAGUGUCAUCUCUGCCAUCUCCCGUGUCAGAUCCUCGGAAGGAACCGAUGAACAUUUACAACUUGAUAGCUAUAAUCCGUGAUCAGAUCAAACACCUGCAAGCUGCUGUGGACAGAACAACUGAGUUGUCCAGGCAGCGUGUUGCCACUCAAGAACUUGGGCCAGUGGUGGACAAAGACAAGGAAGCUCUCAUGGAAGAAAUCCUGAAGUUGAAGUCCUUGCUGAGCACCAAGAGAGAGCAGAUAGCAACUCUGAGAACUGUGCUCAAGGCCAACAAACAGACUGCAGAGGUAGCCCUUGCCAACUUAAAAAGCAAGUAUGAAAAUGAGAAGGCUAUGGUUACGGAGACGAUGAUGAAGCUGCGAAACGAGCUGAAGGCUUUGAAAGAAGAUGCUGCUACCUUUUCUUCCCUGAGAGCAAUGUUUGCUACAAGAUGUGACGAAUAUGUCACACAGCUGGAUGAAAUGCAGCGGCAGCUCGCAGCAGCUGAAGAUGAGAAGAAGACUCUGAACUCCUUGCUUCGGAUGGCAAUCCAGCAGAAACUGGCACUGACCCAGCGCCUGGAGCACUUGGAGCUGGACCAUGAGCAGUCCAAAAGGGUGCGCACAAAAUCUGCUUCCAAAGCCAAGAGCAGUAACCCUACUCUGUAGAAUAGUCCAUGGAGAAGGCCUUUCCAACAGUGCAACAGCAUUUCUUAGCCUCUUUCAUUAUGGUUAAAAGUGGUAGCCCAUUGCACAAAGAAUGCAAACCACUGCCCUGAUCCUAACUUUUGAAAACACCUUUCCCUGUGUACUACCUGAAACUUUCCUUUUAUGUCUCAAGCUAUAAAACAAACAAGCUUUACCUAUAAGUGCUGCUGCAGUAAGAAAACUUACAAGUGCUGAAGAAACCUACUUCAAAUGUAACGAUCACCACAUUAUGAUCUACUAGAAAUGUUUGGAUGGGGGAAUUUCUUAUUUCAUUGCAGAUGCUCAUUGUUCAUCUGAUGGUUAAACCUGUGCACUUUUGAUAUUUUGAUAUUUUUCUUUAGCUUCCUUAAUUCCUUAUGUAGAAGAGUUUAUAUAAAUGCAGUGGUUUGUGCUCAUAGUUCCUCUCCAACUUCGACUUCUGAUGGUUGAUUUCUACAUCAGCAUGUGGCAGAGAUUUUUUUGGGGGGCUCUAGAUGUGUUUAGAAAAGAGUUUCAGCACCAAACGGGAGCUCUGCUAAACUAUGUGUGUGCUGUGCUUCAGCAGCUUUUUAUUAUUAUGAAAUGUUAAGCUUUAUAUGUUUAAAUUACUGAUUUUUUUUUUUUUUUAACUGCCAUAUUCAUUAAGAAAUCCAGGGUAUUCAAAUUCUGGGGUUUUUUUCAUAUUGUAUUAUUAUUCUUAGGAAUAGUUCAAUGUAACAAGAGGAAAACUUGACUUUGCUCUGGUUAAAACAGUAAUAGGCACUUGAAAAAUAUAAAAUAAGUAGUAUUACCUAUAAAUUCCAGAAUUCCUGGGUUUUAGGAAGCUGAAGUAUUAUUGAUUAACAGAAUUUUAUACAACUGUACCAGUUAAAUUCCAAAUUGGAAUUGUUUUGUUACUUUUUCAUUUUUAUUGUGCCAAAUUAUGGUACAUUUAGAAAGAAAAAUUCUAAAGUUGUCAAUGAUAGGGUGUUAUCUAUCAGCGCCUUCGUCAUUAAUCAUUGCCAGUAGUGCCUUUAAUCAUUUGAAGGGAGAAUCCUAGAAUAGCUUCGUCUAUACGAGAAGAAAUGGAAUGGCUGUUUUGGAACUUAGUAAAGACGUGGAGCAAUAAGUGCAAAGUGAACUCCCCUUUCGCACAUUUGUAAUGGGUAGUCUUACUGUACUAGAGAGGAUAUAUUCAAGGAAUUGUAAAGAAUUCUGUUAGUCAAUGAUAUUUCAUCGUGCAAAUCCUUACAAAUUCAGGGGAAUAGAGGGAAGAGAAACAAACAAAACCGAAACAAACCCGAAUACACUUUGGGAACCAAAUGGACUCACACCGAACAAGCGAGCAAGAUGUAGUAACGCGUCUGUGUAACAGUACAGAGCGUAUCGGGAGUACUGAUGUAACGUUAGCUUCGUAUGGUGGUGGAUGCAGUUAACCAUAGUAUUGUUUGCAAAUGUGAACAACGGAACAUUAAUAUCUUCUCUUGCAUGUUAUAUCUAAUCAUUGUAAUUUCAGGAAACAGAAACAGAGGAGUGCAUCACCAAGCUGUACCUGCCUCUCGGGUACUGUUUGCUGAGGCUGACGUGAACGAUUAAAUUGGUACUUGUUGGGGGGGAAUUCCCCCUCCUCAAAAAAAGUACAAAUUGAAAUAAUAUUGACAGUGGGGAAAAGAUUUCUGUUUGCUGGAACAAAAAGAACAACAUUAUUAUUCCUAGAUGUGGGGACUUGUAUUUCCAUCUUCUGUUACAGUAUUGGUUCAUAAGAAAUAUUGUUGCAUUUAAAAUUACUACAUUUGUAUGUGGGUAUUUAUUUGAAAUGAUGUCGAAGUACUGUAUUACGUUCUAUGUGCAUUACCUUUUAGUGGUGGAUUGGUCUCCAUUUAAUGUCCUAUGCAUGUAUUCUUGCCAAGUAACCUUUACCCAGAUCUGAAAAAAGUGGUUGUUAAAGAGACAAAGGUGGGAACUGAUUCUUAAAAGUAUAAUUGUGUGUUAAUUGGAUAACCUUAGGAGGCAUAGAGGGAAAAAUGUUACUUCCAAAUUAAUACAAAAAGUGUUAAUGUAGGAAAGCAAUCUGCCUGCGUAAAGGUAGUCACAUUGGCAGUAUCAAUAAAAGAGAAAAGGAGUCA